AUGUAUUUGAAUGGCAAGUUGGAAACCAAUGGAAACUGGACUCUGACCACCAUCCUCCUCUGGUUCUAUGUGUUUGGAAAGCAUGUUGACCUGGGGGACUGUAGCUCCCUGUUUGGCAUUGAUGGCCACAGCAUAACAGAGGAAAGAGCCCUGUACGAUGUCGCCGAUGGUGUUCUCAUCCACCACAGGGAUAUCAAGAGGGAUUUAUCAAACACGCCACAGGCGCCGCAUCCCUCCUUACAGAAAUGGGUGUGGAUGAACUUCGAAUCACCCUCCAAUGCGCCCAGAAUUGAUACCAUCAAGGACUUGUUUAAUCUCACAACGAAUUACCGUCGGGAUGCUGAUAUUGCCAUGCACGAGUCUUUAGUUGUGACUGACAAACCUAAGCUUUUCCAGGUUCUGAAGAAGAGUUUGCUGGUCUGCUGGAUUGUGAGAGGCUGGAAUCCUGGACAUCAAAGAGUGAAGUACUACACGGAGCUGAAGCAACACAUUGACAUCAGUGUAUUUGUAGGACAUUUCAGACCCCUCAGCAAUGAGGAGUACAUCACUACCAUGGUCAGCUGUAAGUUCUAUCUCUCGUUUGAGAGCUCCAGCCACGUGGACUACAUCACAGAGAAGCUGUAUAAAUGGCUAUUGCUGGGUGCUGUGCCGGUGGUCCUCGGAAUACCGAGGGAACGCUGCGAGAACAUUGUCCCCAAAGACACCUUCAUCCAUAUCAAGGAUUUCUCAUCUGCCAAGGAGCUGGGGGAUUACCUCUAUUUCUUAGACCAAAAUGAGGAGAAGUACAAGCAGUCCCCGGGUUAG